ACACUGCGGCUACAGCAAAGCUGAUCAGGAGGGAGAUGAGGAGCUCUACUUCCAGUUUAAACUCCCGGGCACCAAAACCUACAUCCACCCAGAAACGUACGAGGACCCCAACAGGGCUGUCCAUCAGUUUGCCAAGGAGCUGGACGCCUCAUGCAUUAAAAUCGAGAAAGUUAUUGGAGCAGGAGAGUUUGGGGAGGUGUGCAGCGGCCGGCUGAAGCUGCCUGGAAAGCGGGACGUGUCGGUUGCCAUCAAGACACUAAAAGUGGGAUACACAGAGAAGCAGAGGCGGGACUUCCUGUGCGAGGCCAGCAUCAUGGGACAAUUUGACCACCCCAACAUCGUCCAUCUGGAGGGAGUUGUGACGAGAGGGAAACCGGUCAUGAUUGUCAUCGAGUACAUGGAGAACGGCUCAUUAGAUGCUUUCCUCAGGAAACACGACGGUCAGUUCACAGUCAUCCAGCUGGUGGGAAUGCUGCGGGGCAUAGCAGCAGGAAUGAGAUAUCUUGCAGAUAUGGGCUACGUCCACAGAGACCUGGCUGCGCGGAACAUCCUCAUCAACAGCAAUCUCGUAUGUAAAGUGUCUGAUUUCGGCCUGUCGAGGGUGAUGGAGGACGACCCCGAGGCUGUCUACACAACAACCGUGAGUCAAUUAGAGCACAAAGCCUUGUCCUCUGAUCAAGAUGCUGCUGCUGCAUGA